GUUAGAAGAAAAUACACUUAUAUUUAAUGCAAAACAAGAAUGCUCAUUAAGAAUAAGAAUUUUUUUUUUUUGGCAGUAUACUGUUGCCAAAUUCAAAUGUGUUGGCUGUUUCAGGUUAACAUUAACAGGUUAAUGAGGAUGGAAGGAAAACUGUCUGAUGAAAAAGUGAAAGAAUUCCUUGCUCCAUGGAGGUUCUCCCUCAGGGCAGCUGGGUUUGAAGACAGACUGGUGGUGGCUCUUCAACUGUUUGAACAUUUCCCUUUAGAUAUAGUUGUAACUGGAGGAACCCAGGAGGCUAAUGCCCAGCUCACCUCUGUGAUCUGUGGGCUGAACGAGGAGCCAGAAAUGGAAGAAGAGGAGGAAGAGGAAACUGAGAAUGAAGAGGAUGAGGAAGAGGAUGAAACAGACAAGGAUGAAGAAGAUGGGGAGGAAGAUGCAGAUGAGGAAGAUGGUGUAAAUGCUAAGGAAGCUGCUGAUCACCAGAGCUACAGUAGAAAACAUGUACGGAUCAAGGAAUUUUCGGAAUAUAUAGGAAGUGGUGUUCCUGAUUUUGACUCUGUGAUAUUACACAGACAAAUCCCCAAUGUUCGUGUCUGGACAGUACAGGGCCAUCCAACUACAAAUUCCAUCAUUAAGCGCAGCAGCCAGCAGUAUGACUCUGCUUACUAUGAUGUUCUAGUGGUUCUCACUACAGAAGAGCGGAAGGAGGACCACACGUGGCUCAAAAUGGAGCUGCAUGAGAGAGAUCAGCCUUUUUUUCUGGUUAAAGCUGAGAAAGAGUGGGACGUGCUCGAGGAGAAACCGACAGGGCCGUGCAUGACCUGUGCCUGGGAACGAACGAGAGCCCGCAAUCUGGAGAUGCAAAAGAGAAGAAAAGAAGCAUUUCGAGACAUGGGUGAUUCAACAGACAGCCAGAGUCCUUCAAAUGCCUCCCAAGAUGCAGAGUUGGUGGAGAUGAACGAUAUUGGUGAGGUGCUUGCUAAAGCCCUGCCUGAACUGCGGAGGAAAGCUUUCAGUCAGUUUUUGGUGGCAAUUACAAAGGAACUUCGGGUUCCUAAAUUGCUGACUGAUGAAACACAGUUCCUAGUCUCAACUGCUUUGAGGUUCAGGAAGAUAGAACAGGAUGAUCUCGACCAGAUCUCCAAGCUUUCGCAGCCCAGAGAUCUUACAGACCAUCCCUCCAAGCUUCUGACAAUCCUUACAGCUCUCGAUUACUUCCACUUGGACAUCGGUGUGCUGGGUGAGACCGGCAGUGGCAGCUCCAGUCUAGUCAAUGCCCUCUUGGGCCUAAAGAACAUUGAAAAACAAGUUGCUCCAACUGGCGUCAUUGAAACUACCAAAGAGGCUGUAGAGUAUCCCUACCCUUACUUCCCCAACAUACGUCUUUGGGACCUUCCUGGCCUUGGAAAAAUAGGUGAUCUUUGUAGCCAGUCCACUGAUUCCAGCUUUAAUGAAGCUCAGAACAUAGCUUCAAUGCUUGCUUUGUGUGAUGUAUACAUCUUGGUGUCUCCUUUGAGACUUAGAUUGGGAAUUAUACAGCUGUUGCAGCAGGCAUCCUCUCUUGGAAAAGAGUGUUACCUAGUGCUCUCAAUGGCUGACUUAAUUGAGGAAAGGUCUGUCACUGAAGUGAAAGAAUGGGUUGAAGAUGUCUUGGGUAAACUGGGUCUCCAGCAGAACUUCUUUCUGGUGUCUGCUCACCAUCCAGAAACCUUGGACUUCCUCAGGCUAAAGGAGACGCUAGAAUCAGCCUUUCCAAUCCAUAAGAAGGUUGCUAUGGCCAGAUAUGCAGCAAAGCAACUGGACGAAGAUGUGUUCUGGAAAAGAGCUGAUCCCUGCAAAUUAAUGUAAACUUGAUGAAUGAUAUCGCACUUACAAAAAAAGUACCACAAUACUACAAGUUUUUUAUUUUAUUUUGUAUUUAUUUUUUUGCAUGUAUCAUGGUAUUCUUUGAAGAAAUUGGAUUAGUAUGUAAAUACUGUGGUACAUAAAUAUGGUAAUCAAUACCAUGGUAUCACUAACAGAUACCAUUGCUGUAU